AAAUUUAUCCUGUACGAAAGUUUCUAUCCAGAUUUCUUCUCGCGAAGUUUGAACUUGAUAUGAAGGGGCGUAGGUCCUAACCGUAGAGCAAACAGGAUCGAGCUACACUGCAAUAGUAAAGUUGAGAUGUCUCAAAGAAUCGGGACAAGGCUGUUCGUCAGCAGAUUAUCGUUUUUCACUACGAAGGAGCAGCUACAGAUGUUGUUCUCUCCAUUCGGAGUAGUUAAGGAAGCUAGUCUAGUGAUGGACCCAAAAACUGGAAGGCCCAAAGGGUUUGGUUUUGUCUCCUACGAGUCUGAAAUUGAAGCGGAAAAGGCUAUGAAAGCCAUGAAUGGCAGGAUAGUUAAUGGAAGGCUGAUUUUCGUUGAACCUUCAAACGCUAAAUGACCGGGAGAAGACGAUGCCUCUUGACACUGGGUGAUUAUAUUUGUCCAUGGAACUAAUUUUGUGUUUAUUAAAUAUUUUUUUUUUCAAAUGUAGAGUCAAUCUUGACUAAUCAAAGUAACGACUCAUCUUACAUUAUUUGUCCAUUAUUUCAUAUU